AUGGAGGCACCAGGGCCAGGGGACAGCAACUGGACUGGCGGGGGUGGUGAGAAGAGCUCCAAGAAAAAGGAUAAGAAGAAGGACACCGAAAAGAAGUACUUCACGGUGAAGAACUCGAAGGCCAAGUCCUCCCCUGCCGCCAGCAAGAAGGACAAGGAAAGGGAGAAGGGGGAGCGAGAUGAACGAAUUACUGCCAAAAAUCGCGGUGGCUCGCGAGACGAGGCCGAAGCGGAAUUGGAGCCGGAUGAAUCCUCCUCAGCCAGUACAACCAGUCAUACCGUGCACGACGAGCUCGAUCUCACGCUCGACGACCUGAGCACAGGAUCGGACGUGGAGGUCAUCGAAGUGCCCAUACGCGCCUACGAAGACCGAUCGCCGCCUCCGUCUCGCAACAAGCACACCGCCGUCCACUACAACGGGUCUCUUUACUUCUUUGGCGGAGACGACGGCAACUCGCGGCUUAACGACCUCUACCAGUUCAUCAUUGCCAAGAAGGAGUGGAGGAAGGUCGCCACGAGUGGCAAUCCGCCCAAGCCGCGCUACUACCACUCGGCGGUGGUGGAGGGUCCCUGCAUGUACGUCUUUGGCGGCUACACCGAUCAUAACCACAACGACACUUUCCAAUACCACUUCGGCACGCGGGAGUGGACGCAGCUGGAGUGCGCGGGCGAGGUGCCGAGUCAGCGAUCGGGCCACAAUGCGGUGAUGCACAACGGGGCCAUGUACGUGUUUGGCGGCUACGACGGCAGUAAGCGCUUGAACGACCUCUUCAAGCUCGACAUCAGUAAGCGAGAGUGGGAGGCGGUGGAGAGCACCGGGAAGGCGCCCACGAGCCGCUGCAACGCGUCGGCUGUCGUGAUCGAGGGCUCGAUGCUCGUCUUCGCCGGUCACUCGGGAGUCGCCACCAACGCCGAUCUCUAUGACUACAAUUUUGCGUCGCGCACUUGGUCGCAGAUCGAGUGCUCUGGCGAUGCGCCCUCGAAGCGGCUCGGGCACACCAGCGUCUGCAACCAGGACCACAUGUACAUGUUUGGAGGUACGGCGGCAAACAAUUUCUGCAACGAUCUGUACCGGCUCAACAUCCAGAAGAAGGAGUGGGUCCUGAUCCGAACCACCGGCCCGACGCCCUUCUCGCGCUGCUACCAUACGGCUGUGGUGGUGGACACGGUGAUGUACAUCUUUGGCGGCGCGCCACCAGACGCCCACCCGUUGGACCUCUACAGCUUCACCUUUGCGGCCGUGGAUCCGCCGUGUACGCUGAGCGAUGACAUGGGCGCGUUCCUCGAAAAGGGUGAGCUGGCCGACGUUACCUUCCUCGUCGACAAGGAGUCCAUCACCGCUCACAGCCUCAUCCUGCACGUCCGGUGUCCACCGCUCUAUGAGCUAGCGGCCCAGGAGCAGCAGCGACCAAGCGCCGAGGGUGGAAGCAGCAUCGGCGGCGGCGGCGGCGGCGGCAAGAAGCAGAAGCGGCAGGGCAAGGCCAAGGCCAAGGCCAAGAAGGACGAGUCGUCCACCUCAUCGUCGCCCCCUUCGUCGUCGUCUUUCCCCGCUUCCUCGUCCGCCGCCUUCUUCGCGCCAGUCGAGGUCGAGCUCUCCGACGUGCCCUCGGCCCAGGCCUUCCGCGAGAUCCUCUACUUUAUCUACACCGACGAGGUGCGGUUCUCCCCGAAGAUGACGCUGUCGCAGCUGUUCGAGCUGCUGGCCCUCGCCACGCGCUUCCGCCUUGACCGCUUCGUUCGCCUCUGCGAACGCUACAUCAUAUCGUCGGUGUCGCUGGACAACGUGAUCGCGGUGCUCAAGCUGGUGCAGAGCGACAAGGGCGGCGUGGUGAGCGCCGUGGUCAAGGAGUUCAGCAUCAUGUUCGUCCUGCGGCACUACCAGGACGUGAUCGUGCAGCAGGCCUUCGAGACCGUGGGUCCGGCGCUGCUGGUGGAGAUCAUGCGCCUCUACCAGCAGUUCACCGCCACCAAGUCCUCCAAGUACCAGGCGGCCGCGGCGGCCAGGCCCGUGGAGAUCCCACCGAGCAAGCUCGCCGACGAUCUGGCUCGGCUGCGACGCGACGAGACCACCUGGGACUUCACCUUCUACGUCCGCGGCAAACCGCUGGGCGCGCAUCUGGUGAUGUUGUUGGCGCGCACGGGCUUCUUCCAGGGCGCGCUGCGAAGCACGAUGAAGGGCGGCGACCUCCACACGCGCCAGAUGGCCGUCGUCAUCGGUUCGGUGCAGCCCACGCCCGAAGCCUUUGCCAGCUUCCUGGACUAUAUCUACACAGGGCGAGUGGACACUCCGCCCGAUGAAGCGGUGUACCUGCUCACGGCCUCGGGCUUCUACGGGCUCACCAACGAUCGGCUCAAGGCUAUCGCCAGCAAGCAAAUCACACAAAACCUUCACCGGAACAACAUUUUGAGGGUGCUGGAGGCGGCGAGCGACGUGGGCGCCCGGCAGCUGAAGCACUUUGUGCUGGAGCAGGUGCGCCAGCUGUCCAAGGCCCUCCUCAUCGACAACAUGACCAGCCUCGCCCCCACCAUGCCGCCCUCGUCUUCGUCAUCGUUGUCGUCGUCCCUCUCCCUCUCGCCUUCGGCCUCCUCUUCAUCAUCGUCGUCGUCCUCUUCGUCCGCCUCGCCCUCCGUUCCUCCCGCCCAGUCGGGCCUCGGCUCCGACUCCUCCGGCACUCGCCCUUGA